CAAUCGCGCUGUGCACCACACCGCUAAUUAACCAACGGUCCAGAUUAUAUGUAUUUACUAUAUGACGAACAACACGCACGGAAUGAUACAUACAUACAAUACAUACAUACAUAAAUACGAAUGCAGUGAUAGGAUCUGAAUGGCAAAAUUACCAGUAAUACAAGAUGGGACAGUUUUGUGGAGAAAAAGGACGUGUUUUGAAAAACGUAAUAGUUUUGUCAACGUCUGUAAUGCUCAUCAGCGUUGCGUUGGUAUCUUUACAGGAUAUAGAAAGUACGAUUAAUUCUUCUAAAGGAAUAGGUGUGCUCUCAUUGUGUUCGUUUUAUUCAGUUACGUCAAUUCUGCCAUGCAUUGUAGCCCCGGUUGUUACGGACAAAUUAGGAUGCAAAUGGGCAAUCGUGCUGGGUAUUGCCUUGCGUAACGUUUACACAGCCGUGCAUUUCUACGCCACGGAAUGGGCGCUAAUCAUCGGUGGAUUGAUCGGUGGUAUGGGGAACAUUCCAAUAUGGACGGCUGGCGGAACAAUGAUCACAGAACUAGCCGAAGAAUACGCAAGUGCAACAGCUACUGACGUUGAAGUUUACGUGAAUAAAUUCAACGGUGUCUUUUAUAGUUUUUAUCAAUGUUCACACGUUAUUGGUAAUCUUAUAUCAACUCUUUGUUUGACACGAUUAGAUGUUCAGUUCGACUUGAGCGAUAAACGUCACUGCGGAAUGAAAGUAUGUCCACGGAAAUAUCUACAAUCCAGCCAAAUGUCACAAAACAACGAGGACAAAAAGACCGUUUACCUUAUGGUAGCACUCCUUUUGUUCUGUGGUCUUUUAGCAAUCAUUCUUGCCAUUUGUAUUUUGGAUAAUACUCCUAACAGGAUCCAAGAAGAGGAAGAAUCCCGUUCUUUAAUCCAUAAAAGACUCAUGCAGGCGUAUGACUAUAAAAGUGAAGAAUGUGAUAAUGGUGCUAGACAACAAGAGGGAAAUACAGCGAGUGAUUAUUACAUUACUAAACGUAUAAGAAAGACUUUAGGAAUGAUGUUUGAUAAGAAAGUGUUGUUAAUGACUCCGUUGAUGAUUUUCACAGGAACAAACCUGACGUGGCUGUUUACAGAUUUUACUCAGUCGUUUAUGACGUGCAAUGCAGGUGUUGAUAUAAUAGGAAGAGGGAUGAUAUUUUUUGGUGUAGCUGAUACUUCUGGAUCUCUCCUCGUGGGAAUGGUUGAGAAGUAUAUUUCACGGUACAUUAUGUUCUUAGGUGCUUUUGUUAUAAAUUUGAGCAUAUGGACUUCGCUAGUUGUUUUCAACCCAAGUCAAAUAUGGUUCUUAUAUUUCGUGCCAAUUAUGUGGGGAUUUACUGAUGCAAUAUGGGAAACUCAGACAAGCGCAUACAUUGGAGUUACUUUCUCUCAGUCCGAUGUUGUGGAUGUUUACUCAAUAUGGCGGUCGUGGCAGUACUUCGGCUACACAGUCUACCUAGCUACAACACAUUUUUUCUGUAUGUCCGUAAAGGUCUACAUUCAACUCCUUCUUAGUAUAACUAUGAUAACAAUGUUCAUUAUAAGUGAAAUAUUAACAACCAAGGGAUAUUUUGGAGAAAGAGGUACAUUCGAUGAUCCAAAACAUAUGAGUUGACGUGUAUGACGUCAUGCAUGUAGAAUUUCAGGAAUGAGACAUUAUUUUAUUGAUGAAAUAUGUAAUUGAUUCAUUUCGCUAAUAUUUAAAUGUUGCUGUAACUCUUUAUAUCUCUAUACUGGUAUAUUGAGAUAAUGUUAAUGAUGUGAUAUCGUUUACUCUAGUGUUUUCGAAAUGUUAAAGUGAUGUUGUUUACUUUUUAAAUAGUGUUUACUAAAUGUCGAAGUAUUGUUGUUUACCAUAUAAAUAGUAUUUACUAAAUGUUAAGAAGUAUUGUUAUAUUUACUAUUUUAAAUAGUGUUUACUAAAUGUCGAAGUAUUGUUGUUUACCAAAUAAAUAGUGUUUACUAAAUGUUGAAGAAUUGUUAUUUUUACUGUUUUAAAUAGUGUUUACUAAAUUUCGAAGGAUUGUUGUUUACUAUUUUCUAAAUAGGGGU